CUGAGCGGCCCCUCAGCUCCUGUCUGUUAGCGAGCAGUUAAAGUUCAUGUCUUUCAGUGAGAAAGUUAGCGAGGCUAACGAGUUAGCCAACAUGUCAGAUACAUUUGCGAUCUUAAUUUGAAUGUGUAUAACCUUCUCACAUCUUUAUUGCGAUGUAUUUGCACUUAAAUGUGUGAAAUGUUAAAGUUUGAAAGUGACUGCGAAUUCCGUGUGGAGCUAGCGGUCGGUAUUUAGCGCCCCAGCGAGGACAAACUCUCAGACGGUUUCCCCGCAGGCUUGUGGUUUCUAUAGAAACGGCUGCAGGAUCGAAUAUGUGAAGGAUAAAACGAGGACAUUUAGGUCAGCAGACUUUAUGCUUUUUAUCAAGAAAAACAAAGCCCGAAUAAAUUGUUUUGGUUGUUGAUUGCAGGUUUUGGUCACUUUUUGAAAUUUUUUAUUUUUUUUUAAAGCGUCGUCAUGGUACUGAAGAUUUUCUUCCCACGAUGCUGUAACAUGGCCGACAGCGGUCUGCUCGUGGGUCGAUGGAUCCCGGGCCACGACUCGGCUGUGGUGCUCGCUGUCAUUCACUACCCCUUCAUACCUGGCCAGGUGAAGAAGUACCUAAGUGAGCUAUGCAGUCAGAUUCAGGUGGAUCUGACCGUUCUGGGGUCGUGGAGCUUGUCCAAGGAUGGGCAGAAGGAAAUGGAUGGCUUCUUGAAAGACCUCAGUACCAUCUUCCCUCACUCACGCUGGCUGCAGCUGAGCCGCGAACCCGGCAAGAGAGGCUUUGCUUGUGAAGUGGUACACAAAAAUGGACACGCACCAGCAAGCAACGAGGAAGACAAAAUCAUCUUCGUUCAUUAUGAUCAGAGGAAGGUGAUGCUCUCACAGCUUCAUCCUGUCCAUGAAAACGGUGCUAAGGUCGAGUCUUCAGAGCUGCGUGCGGUUUUCCACACGGUUUCCCGGAGUGAACCGUUGUUCCUCCUCGACAAAUACGACGACGGGCCGCUGAAGCUGACCCACUGGCAGUCGGACGGCAGGGAGGCGAGCAUCAUCAUGGAAUUGGUCAAGCAGGCCUCCGUCCCCGUCUGCAUGCUCUUCAGCUUGCUGGCGUGUUGGUGGAGAUGGCUGUGCAGCCUCAGGGUGCUGAAUAUUUGGCCGGUGCGCUUCAUUUCGAGCAAGUUGUCCACCUGCGUUCAGGCAGGAUACAGGAUGGAUCAUUUUCAAACCGUUUUCUCGACCAGGAAAGCCACAACUCACAUGGACUUCAUGAGGAAGGCGAACAUGUUUGUGUCCUUCUUUGUGGAUAUCGCUCUGGGACUGCUGCUGAUCUCGUGGCUCUACAGAGAGAACCGUAUCAGCCAGCUCGCGAACACCUUAAUGCCGGCCGCUGAUCACGUCGCAAAGGAGCUGCAGGAGCUUCUGGAGUGGCUCAUGGGUGCCCCUGCUGGUCUGAAAAUGAAUCGCGCCCUCGAUGAGGUUCUGGGGAGAUUCUUCCUCUACCAUAUCCAUCUGUGGAUCAGUUACAUCCGUCUCAUGUCUCCUUUUAUCGAAAGGAUCCUGUGGUACGUUGGACUUUCCGCCUGCCUGGGCUUGACCUUUGCCCUUUCUGUGCUUUCGGACAUUGUGGCACUUCUGACCUUCCACAUCUACUGCUUUUAUGUGUAUGGAGCCAGACUCUACUAUCUGAAGCUCUACGGCCUGUCGUCCCUCUGGAGGCUUUUCCGUGGAAAAAAGUGGAAUGUCCUGAGACAGCGUGUGGACUCGUGCUCCUACGACCUGGACCAGUUGUUUCUCGGGACUCUGCUCUUCACCAUCCUGUUGUUUUUGCUGCCCACGACCGCGCUGUAUUAUCUGGUCUUUACUCUGCUGCGGUUGGUGGUGGUGAUGUUCCAGGGUUUGAGCCACCUGAGUGUCAACUUGAUCAACUCCUUCCCUCUGUUCGCCAUGGGGCUGCGCAUCUGCAGGCCGUACAGACUGGCUGAGGGAGUGAAAUUCUGCGUGUUGCAUGAAGAACCCGGGGCUCCACUUCACCUGCUGAUGGAGAUUAACCCUCUGCAGUGCAGUUCGGUGCUGCAGUGUUACCGCACCGAGAGGUCCAGCUGCUCAUCCAGAGACUCGUGGCUCGCUUUGUGCAAGAAGCUUUUUGUAGGAGAGCUCAUUUACCCCUGGAGGCAGAAAAGCACCAAGACUGAUUGAAACCCUCCUGAGACCCUCAUGAGCUCUUCUGCAUCCCCCAUGACCAGCCUGACUGACAACACGCUGACCUCCUGCACUUAUUGUGCGAGAUGGAAUUGAAGGUGUCUGGUUUUUUUUUAAAUGAACGUUCUAAUAUGGUCUGGUAUUUCUCAUUUAGCCACUACUGAUUUAAUAUUUUAAUCCUAGUCUUAAUAAAUAUGAACAGAAAUCAAGAUCUUGAUGCUUUUUUCAUAACUUAUUGAUUUAUUGUUGAGUGUCCACUAUUUUGUGACAUGAAAAGGUGGCAUUUUUAAUGAUGAUCAGUUCUGAUGGACACAGAUCAAAAUCUGAAAUAAUGGAGUGAUUUAGUGAUCAUGAGGCCGGUCUUUAUCGGCUGAACCAAAGGAAGGAAGAAGACCGAUUUGUUCACCUGAGUGAUUCAUUGAAACAGACUGAAUCAUUUGGAACUGAGCCAUUUCUGCUUCAGGUGCAGAAUGUCAGGUGCACCACACAUUCCUCCUUUAGAGUUCAUAACUCAUGCCAUGUCGUUUCGUUGUCUCUGUAGCUGUGUUAAUCAGAGAUGCAUUCGCAUAUUAAUUGAUCUGGAUGAAUCAGAUUGUAUCUUUCUGUCGUCUCAAAAUUAAUUCCCUUGUGAUUUAUACUUGCAUUGAAAUACUCUCUUUAGAAAGUGAUUACACAACUUGACAGUGUAUUUACUUUUGAGUGGAGGAGAGUGCUUUCCAUUGGGGAAGGACGUCAGUCAGUCUCUCUGUCUCUAUGUAGCUGUCUGUUUGUAUUUGUUUCUUUCUCUCUCUCUCUGUGUGUGUGCUGUCUGUAAUUCCUGUGCAGUAUCACUGAUGCUCAUGGCUCAGUUUCCACUUGCAGAAUUGAAUUGUAUAUAAAAAUUCCUAUUUCAUAAAAAUGAUUAUAAGCAACGA